UUCACACUGCACCAGACCCCAAUAUUCCUCUUCCCCAACCUCAGUCCCGAUCAGGUUCAAGAAGGACAAGAGCAAUUUGUCUCUCCACAGGUUCACGUAAACCCAAAGGAAGAUAUACACCAUGUCUAGCAGAUCCUGACAGUGACUCAUACAGCAGUAGCCCAGACAGCACUCCCAUGGGCAGCAUUGAAUCUCUCUCUUCUCACUCCUCUGAGCAGAACAGCACCACCAAAUGUGCGCCUACACAACCCAGGGAGAAAUCGGGAGGGAUUCCAUGGAUUGCCUCUCCCCCUUCUUCUAAUGGCCAGAAGAGUUCAGGCCUCUGGACUACAAGUCCAGAAUCCUCAUCAAAGGAGGAUGCAACCAAAACAGAUGUGGAGUCAGACUGCCAAAGUGUAGCUUCUGUCACUGGACCAGAGAAUGCCUCUCCACCAACAGACCUGACCAAAAAGAGUUCUUACAGUCUGUCUGGACUGAAAAGGUCUUCAGCAUCUUCCCUUAGAUCAAACCCAUCAGCUGAAGGUAACAAAAGCUGCACUGGAUCUAUACAAAGCUUAUCUUCAACAGAUACCAAAGAUACACCAAAGGCUCCACCAAACCCUGAUUUGCCUCCUAAAAUGUGCAGGAGAUUAAGAUUAGAUACUGCAUCGAGUAAUGGCUAUCAAAGACCAGGAUCUGUAGUGGCUGCAAGAGCUCAGUUGUUUGAAAGUGCUGGUUCACUUAAACAAGUUUCUUCAGGACGACAAGCAAAAGCCAUGUAUUCCUGUAAGGCUGAGCAUAGUCAUGAGCUGUCUUUCCCACAGGGGGCAAUAUUUUCUAAUGUGUAUCCAUCAGUGGAACCAGGCUGGUUAAAAGCAACUUAUGAAGGCAAAACGGGACUUGUUCCUGAGAAUUAUGUUGUCUUCCUCUAGUAAUCUUUAGUGGACAGCAAUAUCUUCAUGGUAUCCAUGGUAACAAAUAAUAAGCACUAUGAAUUUUAUCUGACACAGAUAUGGGAUCAGCCCGUUAGCUGAAUGGUAGUUUUCCUUCAGAUACUGCAGCUGCAGGUUACACAGCUCCCUAUCAACGGAACAGAAUGUAAUGAAACAGUUAACAGUUUCAGUACUGAAGACGGUACUCUGUUUAAAUAACUUCCAUUGUUUGCAAAAGGUUGUUCUGUUCUUCUUUUAUGGGUAAGGAACACUAGAGCAAUAAAAUCAAAAAAGUUGCUAUUUAGCUGCAGGCUUUCAGGUCCUAGGAUGUUGCUCACAGAAGUGUGAAAUUAAGGGGCAAUGCACUCUAUGACAUUUCUUGUCAUCUAUGGUUUUUAAUAUGGAAAAUUGUGGGUUUUUUCAUAAUGUAGGUAUAAUGUAAGCUUCUUUUGUGGUCUGAAUUCUCCCUUAGAAAACUCGAUUCUUAAAUUAGUCCUAAUCAUUUCAA